UGUGAUGUAAAUACAAAGCAACUUUUUUUCCUCUGUGUGUGUGUGUGUGUAUGUGUGUGUGUGUGUGUGUGUGUGUUCCUUCCUCUGUGGAGUUUUGCAGGACUUCUUCUUCUUCUUCUUCCAAACGCCGUUGAAGGAAAAGAAGAAGAGGAAGAGUUGCGAGGAGUCGGUCGGAGAGACAGAAAGUCACCGUGUGUUUCCUCCACCAGGAUCCAGUGAACUGAUCCGUCUGCCCCUCGGCCGGAGGAGGAAGAGGAGGAAGAGGAGGAAGAGGAGCAGGAGGAAGACGGAUCGAGCCGGAGAGAAGCUCGCUGCGGACAGAGAUGUAGCGUGUGUGUUGGUGUGAUCGGCGGACCAUCAUGCACCUCUUCCUGCUGCUGAUCCUUCAAGCCACAGCAGCCGUCGGCCAGAUCGACCCCACACAUUGUCGCUAUGCUUUGGGCAUGGAGGAUGGACGGAUUAGAGACGAUGACAUCACAGCAUCCAGCCAAUGGUACGAGACCACAGGACCGCAGUACGCCAGGCUGAACCGGGAGGAGGGCGAGGGCGCCUGGUGUCCCGAGGGUCAGCUGGAGCCAUCAGACAGUCAGUACCUGCAGGUGGACCUGGGCCGGCUGACCUUCCUGACCGUGGUCGGCACGCAGGGUCGGUACGCCCGAAGCUCCGGGAACGAGUACGCGCGGGCGUACCGCCUCAACUACAGCCGGGACGGGCUGCUGUGGAAGUCCUGGAGGAACCGGCUGGGGAACACGGUGAUGGAGGGCAACAAGAACGCCUACACCUCCGUCAUCAACGACCUUCACCCGCCGGUCAUCACCCGCCAUGUCCGCCUGAUCCCCGUCACCAGGCUGUCGACCACGGUCUGCAUGAGGGUGGAGCUGUACGGCUGUCCGUGGGACGAUGGCCUGAUCUCCUACGGCGCCCCGGAGGGUCAGCUCAUGAUGCCGCCCGGUUAUCCCAUCGCCAGCCUCAAUGACUCCACGUAUGACGGCGCACACGAAAGGAGGAGGCUGCUGGGCGGGCUGGGUCAGCUGACGGACGGCGUGAUCGGCCUGGACGACUUCCUGCUGACGCGUCAGUACCACGUGUGGCCGGGCUACGACUACCUGGGCUGGAGGAACGACUCGCUGGGAACUCUGGGAUACGUGGAGAUGGAGUUCGUGUUCGACCGGCAGAGGAACUUCACGUCCAUGAAGGUUCACAGUAACAACAUGUUCUCGCGCGGCGUGAAGAUCUUCUCCUCCGUCUCCUGUUGGUUCAAGCCCCGCCUCAUCGCCGGCUGGGAGGCCGAGCCUGUGGCGUUCAAGACGGUGCUCGACGACCGGAACCCAAGUGCCCGCUACGUCACCGUGCCGCUGAACCGCCGCGCCGCCAAAUCCCUCCGCUGCCGCUUUUACUUCGCCGACGUCUGGAUGAUGGUCAGCGAGAUCUCCUUUCAGUCGGAGGACACCGUUCUCCCGACCCAGAUCACCCUGGUGGGGACUUCACCUCCAGCCACCGAGCGAACGAGCGUGGCGACCACACCGAUGACAGUCGAUCCGUCUGCCAGCGAUCCGCCCGACGACGCCAACACGCCCAUUCUGAUUGGCUGCCUGGUGACCAUCAUCCUGCUGUUGGUCAUCAUCAUCUUCCUCAUCCUCUGGUGUCAGUAUGUCUGCAAGGUGCUGGAGAAGGCUCCACGUCGGAUCCUCGACGAGGAGGUGACGGUGCGACUGUCGUCCUGCAGCGACACCAUCAUCCUGCAGACGCCCCCCGUGCCCCCCCGCUCCGCACACGGCCCUGCAGGACCCGUCAACUCUGACCCUCACUACGAGAGGGUUUUCCUGUUGGACCCUCAGUACCAGAACCCGGCGGAGCUGAGGAACAAGCUGCCGGAGCUGUCGCAGAGCGCCGAGGCCUCAGCUCUCCUCCUCGGUAACCCUCUUGACCUCCUGCUGCUGACUCCCUGUCACAUGACGCCAGGCUGGCUGCGCGCGUGCGGCGGCGGCUACGCCGAGCCGGACGUCACCCAGUGCACGCCGCACCAGUGCUUCCACAACAGCGCGCCGCACUACGCCGAGACGGACAUCGUGCGUCUGCAGGGCGUCACCGGCAGCAACAUGUACGCCGUCCCCGCCCUCACCGUGGACUCCCUCACCAGGAAGGACAUCUCCGCCGCCGAGUUCCCGCGGCAACAGCUGAUCUUCCGGGAGAAGCUGGGCGAGGGUCAGUUCGGAGAGGUCCACCUGUGUGAGGCCGAGGGACUCCCAGAAUUCCUUGGGGAGGGGGCGCCGCUCCCCGACAGGGACGGCCGCUCGGUGCUUGUGGCUGUUAAACAGCUGAGGGCCGACGCCACCAGCCAAGCCAGGAACGACUUCCUGAAGGAAAUAAAGAUCAUGUCUCGUCUGAACGACCCCAACAUCAUCCGGCUGUUGUGCGUGUGCGUGUCGUCCGACCCGCUGUGCAUGGUGACCGAGUACAUGGAGAACGGAGACCUUAACAUGUUCCUGUCGCAGCGGGAGAUCGAGAGCACGCUGACGCACGCCAACAACAUCCCUUCAGUCAGCCUGUCCGACCUCCUCCACAUGUCGGUGCAGAUCUCGUCGGGGAUGACGUACCUGGCGUCCUUGAACUUCGUGCACCGGGACCUGGCGACGAGGAACUGCCUGCUGGACCGACGCCUCACCAUCAAGAUCGCGGACUUCGGGAUGAGCCGAAACCUGUACAGCAGCGACUACUACCGCAUCCAGGGCCGGGCGGUGCUGCCCAUACGAUGGAUGGCCUGGGAGAGCAUCCUGCUUGGUAAGUUCACCACGGCCAGUGACGUGUGGGCGUUCGGCGUGACGCUGUGGGAGAUCUUCACUCUGUGCAAGGAGCAGCCGUACAGCCUGCUGUCCGACGAGCAGGUCAUCGAGAACACUGGCGAGUUCUUCAGGAACCAGGGCAGACAGAUUUUUCUGUACGCCCCUCCACUCUGCCCACCUUCUCUCUUCGAGCUGAUGAUGCGCUGUUGGAGUCGAGACAUCCCCAACCGACCGUCCUUCGAGGGACUGUACCAAGCCCUGAGGCCCCACGUCAACCAGUGAGUCGAGGCGGCUGGGAUGUACCAUUCUGGCUUUUCCUCUGCAACGCAUUUGGUCCAUCUCUGGACUCCUGGAAGACGACGGACUGACAUGAGACGACAGAGGACUGGUGUUGGGUUUUUUACGAGAGCAGGUCAUUGUCCGGGGGAACUGGCACAGCUGUGGUCCGAAGGUUGGUUCGCUCUGUGGGAAUAACAGCAGACUAUUCUGAGAGACAAGAUGGAGGUGGGAGGAGGUAAAAGGCUGGUCAACUCAGAGGAGAAACAUUUCACGAGAUCAGAACCUUUCAGUUAGUGGACAAAGAUUUUCUUAAGCUUUUUAAUGUUAAUGCCUGUUUCACCAUCUCUUAAAGCUUCUUCGACCAAAAUGUCUCGUCAGACUUUUGACAUAACUUCUUUUGAUGUUGGUGCCAAAGGUGCCGUAAACUUAAUGUUUUUCCUCUCUGGACCAAUGCUUCAGUCCUGGUAGUUUCUCCUGUCCCUGUGGUUUUUAUUAUUAUUAUUAUUAUUAUUAUUAUUAUUAUUAUUAUUAUUGUUGUAAAGCACUGUGUCUGUGUCUCAGUUAUUCAUGGUCAUAUAUUAACCCACACUGGAGCUGAGCUAGGGUUAGGGUGAAGUUGUAGUGUAGGAUUUUAUUUGUUAAGAUUUUUAUUCUAUUUUAUUUUGUUCUUGUGUUUAUUGUACUUCACGUGUUUGGACGUGUUGGUGGAUGUGAAUGUCGUCCAGCGGCCAAACCGCUGCGAUGAAAAACCUGUGUGGUUCACGGACUGAGAGUCGGUCAGUGAGGAACUGUGGGUAGUUUGUGGUAGAAUAACAUAUUCAACCAAAGUAGAAUAAAAAAGGAGUUGUUACUUUUUUGUUGCCAAAGGAAGGACGGAGGAACAAAGAUUGUUAAAAUAAUUGAAACAUUUCUAAUAAAAUCAUAAAACUCA